AGCCUCGUAACUCUCACCUGCCCUUUACGUCUGCAAAUGGACGCUGGGUGUUUGUCUGUCGAGGACCCAGACGAGCCGGGUUUGUUUUAGGACAGCGCUUGGUCCGGAGCGGAACGGGUUCGAGGAUGUUGAGUCACAUCCGUGCUUCCUGUCUAACGAUGCCUCGCGCUUCCUGUGCGCUUUGGCCCAAUUGUUGACUAAUAACGAUGCAGGACUGGAGAUGAAGCCUGGCAGCAGAGCGCGGUUGAGGCCGUCGGGUCCUGGAGCCGCAGGCUCGUCCGACGGUUGGAAUCCUCUCGCGCGGCGCCCAACGGCACACCCACUCCUCUCACGCUCCCCUUCACGCACGCAAACACACUCGUUCUCCACCAUAAACCUCAGAAUAGCUCCUCCGUGGCCAAAACAAGCCUCCCUCUCCCCGUCGCCCCCUCGCAUCCACCAUCAACUUCAGCACAUUUAUGACUUUACUGCCUGGCUCUCCACUUCAUUUAGACAAGCCCUGCUCUGAGGCCGGGGCCGACGCGCGCUUCCUGACGCGCUGGAUUAUUCUGUAUCAUUUCACUUAAGGGUCCAGAUGCUACCUGUCUGUUGCCCUUCUCUGAGAGGGCAAUUAAGGCAGCCUGGUGCCGGCUAAUGCGCCCUGCUUCUGCAUGACUGGCCGCGUCUGCUUAUCGAGCUGAGUGGGCCUCGCCCCCUCGCGCCCGCCCGCAUCAGCACCUUCGAGGCCACCGCCCCCCGCUCUCGUCCCGUCGCUCGCCCGUCUCGUGUUGUUCCUGGCAGCGCGGAGGCAGCGGUCGCUCCGGGCCCGACGGCGGCGGUGCCGAUGUUGUAGCGCGAGGAGAUGCCGGUGCCGGUGAUGGACGGCGUGGCGCUGUCCGUCUACACGCUCACCUUCCUGCUGGGCCUCCCCGCCAACCUGCUCGUCUUCUUCGUGUACGUGCGCAAGGCGUGCAAGCACGGCGCCACGCCCAACGUGGUCUACGCGCUCCACCUGUGCCUGGCCAACCUGGCGCUGGUGGCCUGGCUGCCCAUCAAGGCCCUGGAGACGGCGCUGCAGGACUGGAUGCUGCCGCGGCUCGUGUGCCCCGUCUACAGCUUCUUCCUCUUCUCCUCGCUGUACGGCAGCUGCCUCUUCAUCACCGCCGUCACCGUGGGCCGCUACCUCAGCAUCGCCUUCCCCAUCAUCUACAAGCGCUACCGCCACGCGCGCCUGUCCUGCUGGAUCAGCGCCGCGCUGUGGGCGCUGGUGCUGAUCCACCUCAGCUUCGCGCUGGCGGCCGAGGACGGCGCCUACUUCAUCUCCACCAACAACAACGCGUCGGCGUGCUACGAGGAGUUCAACGCCACGCAGCUGGCGGUGCUGCUGCCGCUGCGCCUGGAGAUGGCCGUGGCCUUGUUCUUCGUGCCGCUGGUGGCGACCUCCUUCUGCACGCUGCGCUGCGUGGUGCUGGUGUGGCGCUCCAACCUCCCGCCCAUGGGGAAGCGGCGUGUCCUGGCGGUGGCGCUGUCCACGCUGGCCGUGUUCGUGGUGUGCUACGCGCCCUACAACGCCUCCCACGUGGUGGGCUUCGCGCUGGGCGCCAGCGUGGGGUGGCGGCCCUACGCCAUGCUCACCAGCUCCUGCAACGUCUUCCUGGAGCCCGUGGUCAUGCUGAUGCUGUCGCCGGCCGUGUCCAGAGGCGUCCUGGGGAGACUCUGCGGGCGCCAGAGUCAGUACAGCCGAGCGGAGGCGUAUCAGCGGCGACGCGACGGCGCCGCCCGCGUCACGGCGCCGCCCGCGCUUCCUGGAAAAGGCUAGGAGAGAGGGAGCGUCGCCACCAGGCUGUGACUGAGGGCGUCCUGAGGAGCGGCUCCUCUGUUCACACAGCGGCAGGUGUCACCAGCACCAGCAGUGCAGCGACAGCGCGUCAAGGACAGAGUUGACCCAGUUGCACGGCUCACUGGCCCAGUACAGUAAAUGGGGCAGAUCGUUAGUGUCAAUAGAAAACAAUAAAACAGAUCUUUUCCUGCUGGGAUGAGUGAAGAAGAUUUAUUGAUGAUUUGCUGCUUGGACUGAGCUGUGAAUCUGCCUCCAUUUGCUUCUGACUGCGUAAACGACUUCAAAAUGUUCUAAAGUGAUGGUUACGAAUAAAGCAGUGAUGAC